CAAGAGAAACACCGGUUCCACGUUUGUAACGACACAGAAAUACGAAUCUUGUUAUAAAUGAGAAAUCGGUAGGCCACAAAGAUGGUAAUGAGUUAAAACUUUAUCUAGUUAUAGUGCUGUUGAAUGCAACAUGGCGACAAAUGACAACACAGAGCGGUUCGAAGAUCUGGUCGAACUUGAUCCUGACGACAUUGCAGUCUCGGCCUUUGAAAACCAAGAUGAAUUCAAGCCUAAAAUUUUCAAUAAACAAAAAGCUUUUGGAAAACGGCGAAGUUUCUUGUGUUACAGGAAUGUAGCAUUCGAUGCUAGUUUUGAUGCAUUCGAGGAAGAGACAGAAUCGACAACAGAAUUCACUGAAAUCGGUGAAGACUUUACAGAUUUUGCUGAGACAUCAACAGAUCUGCCAGAUAUCGAAACAGAUCUGCCAAGCAGGCUAAAUCGCCGAAAACAAGGAAGCCUAAAGCAACGCAGGGCCGAAAGAAUCCAUCAGAAUAAAACCAACGAGGGUGCAAUUUUACCUGCAAUGAACAGAAGCCAGACAAAAAUAAGUGGUUGGAAACAAUUCAAAUAUGGAAUAUCGUUCCGCUUUGGUGCAGCAAAAGAUGGUAUUAAAGGAUUUUUCAAAGAUAUCGAUAUUUGGAAAUCAAAUCUGAAGCCAGUCGAAGGAAAAUUUGGUUCUGGUGUACUGUCCUAUUUCCUGUUUUUACGAUGGUUAUUUCUGCUUGAUUUGGUGAUAACAGUCAUGAUUUUGGCGUUUGUACUCGCCCCGCAACUUAUGUACAAACCAAGCUUCGAAACAAAUAAAAACAACUUCAAUGGAUUGGAAUUGUUGACAGGAGAGGGAUGGUUUUUGCCAACAGAAAUGUAUUAUGGGACCUACGGCGACUAUAAAAACGACACCGUCAUUCUGUCAUACAACACUCCGUACAAUCUCCCUUUGGCCUAUCUUGCUGUUGCGGGCGGCUAUAUUCUACUCUGUGUAAUCAUUCUCGUCAGAAGCAUGGCAGUUUCAUACAACAAAAAUUAUAUAUCUGGCAAAGAUUUUCGAGACUCGUUUUUUACUAAGAUUUUCUGCUCUUGGGACUACGCAGUGACUAUGGAAAAUAGUGCAGAUUUGCAAUGCAAAAAUAUACACAUCGACCUGAUGGAAACUCUAAAUGAGGGAAGAGAAAAGCGAAAAAAGACAAGUGAUGAACAAUUUCAUAUGUUCAUAGUGUUGUUUAUCACCAAUUUGAUAGCAAUUGGUCUGAUAGGAGGAGCUUGCUAUGGUAUUCACUGGAUGAAAAUGAAAGGCAUUCAAUGCAAUUACAGAGACCGAGUUAACAAAAGUCUUCAUAAGCCUUCUUCCUGCAAUAACCAUAACGACAUUAAACAUUGUGUUGCCGUAUGUUUUUCGAAUUAUUGCAAGCAUGGAGCACUACGAGUCACCAAAAAGAACAAUCGAAGUCUCUCUUCUCAGAACGGUCGUUCUUAAGCUUUCAACCUUGUGCAUAUACAUCUGGCUCAUUUACCGCAGCAUAGAAACGGGGACCUUUAAUACUAAUAUCGCAAAGAAUACUACUCUCUCUAAUACGUCAGUGGCUGUCACGCCGUAUUGUUGGGAAACAUCUGUUGGAGUGCAGUUCUAUCAACUAGCAAUCGUGGACUUUGUUUUCCUCUUGCUUGCGACUUUUAUUGGAGAAACUGUGAGACACUCAUUUGCAGUGUGCAUGAAUGCUGCUUUGGGGUGUGACUUCGACUUACCUGGAUUCGAUAUUUCAAGAAACGUGCUCAGCCUUAUUUACUCGCAGGCUCUUUGUUGGCUUGGAGCAUUCUUUUGUCCGAUGUUACCUCUCAUCACAAUCAUCAAAUUCUUUAUUUUAUUCUAUUACAAAAAGGCGAGCGUUAUGCAGUUCUGCCGGCCAUCGGUGCGCCCUUUCAAAGCCUCAAAGAUGCAGCUUCGAUUUUUUGCUCUCUUGAGCAUGAUGCUUACACUGGCAAUGAUUGUUAUUGGCUUGAUCAUGAUCAAUGAAGACAGAUUGAAGCCUUCUACCGACUGCGGACCAUUCCGUGGAAGAAAGAACAUAUUUGAAAUGGUGCAGGUGGUAAUAAAUCGAGAUUUUGGUAAAGAUUUACGAGAAUUGACCAAGGGUGUAGCAUCCAAUGUUGCACUUUUUGGAAUAUUCUUCAUUUUAUGGGCAGUAAUAUAUUACCAAAGACUGAAGAAAUCCUCAGCAGAAAAGAAAAUCAAACUUUUGAAAGAUCAGAUAGCCUUAGCAGGAGAAGAUAAGAAGUACUUCUUAAAGGAAAUCCGCAAUGCAUUGAAAGAGCGAGUCAGGGCAAGGCAACAGUCUCCUAACCAGGUCUUUAAUCCUACAGCUAUGUGAUACAAUUAUACCAUUAAAGGUUUUUUAAACGACAUUCAGAUUUUUAUUUUUGUAUCGUUUGUGAUCAUUGUUAAUUGUUUGAUAGACAGAUUGCACCCUUUUCAUAAGUUUUCGGAUCUCGGUUUUGCUGCCAUUGCUUUGUUCCCAUUCAUAUUCUGGAAAUUCUAGUGCAUUGUUUUGUCGUUGAACGUUGUUAAGUGGAAAACGGAAAACAGCAAGUAAUCAGGGGAGGGGGGCUCUGAAAUAACCUUGUUCUAGAUACACUUCUUCUCCAAAAAAGCAGCAACUUGGGAAGAUAAGUGAAGACUUCAGAGUAGCUGAUGGCUUUACGAAUGUUCAUAUAUCUGUAUUGUUUACAUUAAAGUCCAGAACCAGUAGAGAAUUGGAGAAGAACGAAAACUUUGUUGACUUCGAUACUAAAGCUAUUUAUAUUUUUCAAAAAAUCCUUCGAUUCCUUUUACUAAAUGUAUUACCUUAUGGAAUCAUCCUUGAUAAUUUUUAUUCUGUUAACUAUUUUCUUAGUGAAAUAAAGAAACGUAAGUUUGUAAAAUAUAUAGUCUGACUUGAGGAAUGUAAUGUAUAAUCUAGUAAUGUAUAGUGAUACAAAAAUCGCUGGAUAACUAUUUGUGACUAAUAUUCAGUAUAUUUUCAAAUUUCACUGAGUACUAGCUCGACAAACUCGAUGCUGUGUCGCCUUUGCAAAGCUUUGGAAAUUUGAGAAUUAUUAUUUUUUGGACCAAGCUUGACUGCCAAUGCAUUUGACAUGCAAAACUGUGCAUAUGUCUUUCUUGACUCAUGUCGUCAUCGGCACAACGUAACCCAUGUUGUCAUUAGCAACAUAUCCCUUUGUUAAUAUCUCUGUAGGUAGUUACUGACGAGGGUCAGUUCGGUGCGGCAAACAGCGUCACGAUUUUCAUGAAAACGAAAGGAUUUCCAGGGAUUUUCAGAUAAAAUAAUAUAUGUACGAGAUUUUUUUUUUCAACGUGAACUGAUUUCGGAGAAAUCUGAUGUUGUAGUAUGUAUGUAAAGGGUAUAUAAUUCUCGUGAAUGUUAUUGAUGUAUUUAGUUGUGUAUUUGUAGAA